UGGAUCCACUGUGGAGCAACUUGUGGCAAAUGCUGAAGUGAGCAUUGGUUUUGAGAGGAAAAAUAUAGAGACUUCUCAAAAAAAUAUAUGUUGGAGCCAUUCCAUACUUCUUCAGUGAGGAUGAUAUUAGAAGUUGCUUUGAAGGUUGUGGAACCAUUGCUUGCAUUGAUUGUAUGACAUUUCCAGACACUGGGAAGUUCAGAGGAAUAGCAAUUAUCACUUUUAAGACUGAAGCUACAGCUAAAAUGGCACUGGCACUUGAUGGUUCUGACAUGGGUGGUUUUUUCCUUAAAAUCCAGCCUUUCAAGCAAGCUACAGAAAACGAUUUCCCUAAUCUCGCACCAUCUGUUCCAGAGGGCUACAGUAGGAUAUAUGUUGGUAAUAUGUCAUGGGAUAUAACUCAGAAUGAUUUGAAGAUUGCUCUUGCUGGCUGUGCAAUUAAAUCUAUUCGGUUUGGUGAAGACAAUGAGACGGUAAGCUAUGCGCCAGCUCUACUCAAUAAGGGUACCGCUUCUGAGUCAAAACCAACUCGAAUAAAUAAUCAAGUCGACUAUGGCAAGGAGAUAGAUGCUGCCUGUUUGAAGGUGCCGCCAAAAGAUUAUCAAGUCAAGGUGGUAGCUGCUGCUGGUUUAAAGGCACCACCGGGAGACUAUCGAGUCAACAGUUAUAAUAAUAGGGUAGCUGUUGAAAAUCAAGUUAGUAGCAGUGUCACAAGUGCUGUUAGUUCAAAGAAACAAAAGCGAGCAUGUUAUGAUUGUGAAGUACAAGGCCAUCUUUCAUCAUCUUGCCCGAAGAAACAAGCUACUGAUCCUAUAAAUCCAGAUUAGAUGAUCAGUACAUCUCUUUUGUUGUGCAGUUGCUCAAGUUAGGCCACUUGCAAGCUUGUUCUGUCUUUUUGAUUAUGCUAAUGUGACAUGUAUA